AUGCUUAAAUUUAAAAUUAAUUUAUUAUAUUUACAAGCUUUUUGUAUCAACAAACUAUAUCAUGAAACAAGAGUACAGUUUCAUCAUCUAUCAAAAAUUAAUAUACAAUAUGUAAUAAACAAAAGAUAUUUUAGUCAACAACAAGAUAUACAGGAACAAGAUGUAAUUAAAAAUAAUAAUAUACAUGUACCUGCAAUGAUCAAAGAAGUUUUACAAUAUUUACAACCAUCUCCAGGUAAAAUAUAUGUAGAUAUGACUUUUGGUGCUGGAGGACAUACUACUCAAAUUUUGAAAUCAGCACCUGAUAUAAAAAUUUUUACAUUAGAUAGAGAUCCAAUAGCAUAUAAUAUUGCACAAGAUUUAUCAAAGAACUAUCCUGGACAAAUGAUUCCUUUAUUAGGAAAAUUUUCAGAUUUACCAUUAUUACUUAGCGAGCAUAAAGUUAAAAAGAAUAGUAUUGAUGGUUUUUUGUUUGAUUUUGGAUGUUCAUCAAUGCAAUUUGAUAAUGCAGAAAGAGGCUUUUCUUUGUCAAAAAAUGGACCAUUAGAUAUGAGAAUGGAUGGUAAUAGAUAUCCUGAAAAUCCAACUGCUGCUGAUGUAAUAGAAAGAGCGGAUGAGAUAGAUUUGUAUCGUAUAUUGAAAAUUUAUGGACAAGAAAAGAAGGCAAGAAAGAUAGCACGUGCGCUUAUCGAAGCAAGAUAUAUGUAUAAAAAAUUGGAAACAACAAAAGAAUUGGCACAGCUUGUUGAAUCUGUACUCAAUAAUGAAAUCAGAAAAGAUCAAUUAGGUAGAUUCUCACAUUGUGCGACAAAAACGUUUCAAGCUUUUAGAAUUUUUGUAAACAAUGAAUUGAAUGAAAUCAAUCAUGGCAUGGUGCUUGCACAAAAUUACUUAAAAAUUGGUGGUUGUUUGAUAACAAUAUCUUUCCAUUCAUUGGAAGAUAUUGUUGUUAAAAGACACAUGACAGGAAAUAUAACAGAUUUUGUGGCAAAUGUUACACCAUUAAAAUAUUUAAAUUAUAAUAAGAGUUUUUGCAUUGACGAAUUAAAUGAUAUAGUCAUGUCACCAUGGAAAAUGAUGCAUAAGCAUGUAUUGACACCAUCAUCUGAAGAAGUCAAUAAAAAUCCAAGAGUUAGAUCAGCAAAGUUUAGAGCUAUUACUAAAGUUAAAUAAAUUAAUCACAGAAUUACGAAAUAUUGAUUUUAUAAUUAACUUACUAAUACAUUCUUAUUAGUUAUUUAUGAGAUUAAUAUUUCAUAUGGAACAUACAUAAAGUACAUGGAGUAUGAAAAAUAUAAAUAGAUAAAAUUAUUGUUAUUAUGUGGCAAUAAUAUGAAAA